UGCAAAAUCGAGAGCGUCACAAGCGUACGCCACAUUAAUCCGCUCACAUGUCCGCGCCUACCUACCGGCGGCCACCGCACACAUGGCCAGCACAGCCGAGGCCUUUCCCCGCCUCACCGGCGCCGCCACGUGGGCCCCCGGCCCCGUGACAGCCCCGGCCGCCGCGCCAACAGCGACGCCGCCUAUAUAUACCGGCCCGAGACCGAGGGGAGGUCCCCGUCGAGCCAGCCAGCUGAGCUGAGGUCGCCCGCCGGCACGACGCCGACGAUGAUGCCGCUGCAGAACGGCGCGCGGGCCGCGGCGGACGCGGAGGCGCGGGGGGACAAGACGCCGGCGGCGGCGGCGGUCCUGCUGCUGCUGCUCCGCGUGGCCGCGCUGUGCGCCUCCGCGGCGGCCGCGGCGCUCGCGGCCACCGGCGGCGCCGCGCUCCUCGGCCGCGCGCCGUUCCGGCUCCUGCUGGCGGCCGACGCCGUCGUGGCCGCCUACUCGGCGCUGGAGGCGGCCGCCGCGGCGCGGGAGGCGGCCGGGGGCGCCACGCUGCUGCCCGAGCCCGUGCAGCUCUGGUUCGACUUCGGCCACGACCAGGCGUUCGGCUACAUGGCGCUGGCGGCCGCAGCCGUCGCGGCGCGGGACGCGGCGUCGUGCGGCGGGUGGGGGAGCGGCGGCGGCGGCGCGGCGUGCGCGCGCGCCGACGUCGCGGUGGGGCUCGGGUUCGCGGCGUUCGCGUUCCUGGCGCUCGCCGCGCUCCUCACCGGCUUCCGUGUCGCCUGCUUCCUCGCCACCGGCUCACGGUUCGCGCCGCCGCCGCCGUCCUCCUCCUACUAAUCGGCUGGGCUGACCCAGCGGCUGGUUGCUAGAAUAGCGCCCGCCGUGUGGAGUGGCGUGCUGUGUGUGUGGGAACGGCAAGUGCUAGAGCGGGCUUUGGCAGCAGAGUAAAUUUGACCCUCCCAAGGAAAGAAAGUAAUUUGAGCGCGUGUAAGAUCCAAUUUCAGCCAUGCGCGCUGAUGAAUAUGUAUGUAUGCGUAUACUUGUGCACGUAUGGAAAAAAUAUUUAAAUAUUUAUUUUUUUAUCAGUACUUUUUUCAGCA